AUGUGCAGUUGCCAACAAGGCAUCGGGAAGUCGCCCCCUUGCAAUGCUAAAGAGGAAGAAAGGAAAGUUUUUAUUACUUACAGUCAUUACCACGAUGAAGUCGGGUGUCAUUUGGUCAAGCUUUUACCCAGGGAUCAUCCAAAGAAAAUCUCAAAUCUGACGUAUCUUUCCGACUGUGCAUUUCACUGCGUUGACCAUGAAUUCUUUGGCUAUUCGCUCAACGCCACAUGUGGCUGUGAGAAGUAUUACCUCAGUUCUUCGGACCGGCUUGAUGAACUGUGUGAUGCUACAUGUGAUUGGGCUCCAGUAGACAGAUGUGGAGGAAGCAACGUGGUAGCUGUAUACCGUACAGGUGUUAAAAGUAUGAGCAGUGAGUAUACCAGAAUGUCAAACUCUCGAAAAGGAUACAUUAUAAAUAACAAGAAAGAAUACGGCAUCUUUGGCCUGCUUAUUGCAUUCUUUGGUUUCAUCUUGGUUCUGCUUUGGACUAAUCAGAAAUCAAAAACCUUGCAGGCGCAAAAACUGGAAGAUCUCAGAAACCGAAAACUGAAAAAUUUGAGACCUGACAAUUCUAGCAAAGAUUAUCUAUCUAUCUAUCUAUCUAUCUAUCUAUCUAUCUAUCUAUCUAUCUAUCUAUCUAUCUAUCUAUCUAUCUAUCUAUCUAUCUAUCUAUCUAUCUAUCUAUCUAUCUAUCUAACUAACUAA